AUGGCUGCAUCUUCAUCAUCUCUGAAGCUUUUCCUCCUCUUAGCACUGAUCGCCACUUCCUGCACGGCCCAAGCCCCCUCAGGCGCCCCAACCGUCUCCCCCAACGCCUCCCCGGUCUCGCCGCCCACUUCCACUCCAUCUCCGUUGCCGUCGCAGGCUUCUCCGGCACCAACUCCAGGCUCCGCCGAAUCCCCAACACCUUCCCCUGCCCUUGCACCGGGCGCCGCUUCCCCAGCCGCCCCCGUCCCCAGCGCUGAUCAUACGCCGGCCAACGGAAACGGCGCUUUCUCCAGCAGGGCUGUAUUCGGCGCCACCGCUGCCACGGCGGCGCUUGUUGCGGUGGCGUUGAUGUAA